AUGGCAAGUGAAGAAUUAGUUGAGACAAAAGCUAGCGAUGAACUUGGUGAGCAAGGAUUCACUGAUAAGAUGCAGAGCCAAGCAAGUGCGGACUUAGAAAAACUAACGUUGUUGGAGCAAAAGCAAACAGUUGAGGUAAUUCCUGAGGUAUUCGAGGCUUUUACUGAGGAAUAUCUUCGGUGGCAAGAUAGUUUCGCAACUUUGGACGAGGCAAAACAAGCUGAGAGAAAAAGAACGUUUAUGGAAGAGCAAUACUUACUCGAGCAGGCAAAGCUAAACGGUCAGAUAGAACAGCUAAAAGAACGUUGUGGUCUAGCAGAGUUAGAACGACUUCGUGCAUUAGACACUCUUGACGAACAACAAACAUUUUUUUUGAAGCAGCUUGAUGAAUGUGAUCUUCGCUUUGCUCAGCAUACUGCUGAGUACUAUAUCCUUCAAACUCGGUGUGAUCAGCUUCAGCAGGCUUACAGUGAUGCCCAAAUAUUUCACGAGAAUUCUCUCUCAGCGAAACAGCACGAACUGACGAAAAAUUUAAGCAAACUUGAACAUUCAAAGGAGAAAGUUGCAAGUUUGGAAAAUUCGUUGAAAGUAGCUUCCUUGGAUGAGGAUAAUCGCCAAGCGAAGCAAGGCGCUUUGCUGCGCUUUGCUGAACAAGUGCUCGAAAAACAAGAUCAGCCAGAUGACGCCAAUGCUCACAGGAAAGUGCUUGAGGAUAAGUUAGCAAGGGUAUCUACAGUUAACUCUGAUGGCGACGAUUACGGAAUGCGAAUUCGAGGACUCCAGAAAGAAAUUUUUGCUAAGUCAGAGCAGCUUGUGCUACAAGGCGAAAGACAUCUUUACUUGGGAGAGCUUUUGAAUGAAGCAAAAUCUGAAUUGGUACGCGUACGAGAGGAAGUUGGUAACGCGCGAUGCAUUUUACUUCGUGGAAUUGGACUUGAUCCUAUCAUCACUUCUUGCAAUCCAAACACAAGUGCCAACGAUACACAUUACCAGCAUGUGAAGCUAGACGAACUAAUUCGACUGCGCUUGCAAGCAUUUCGACAUGAAUUGCAGCUUGCUGGAGGUUUUUCACCGUCUAUAUCUCCGUUUGGAACCGCAAAUGACGUUGGGUGCAGUACACAGCUAUCAACGUGCCACAUGCCUAACAUCGAAAGGUUCACAGUACUGGAGGCCUUGGGCCUUGGCAGUCUCGGACGCUUGGAACGUGAAAUGCGAAUGCUACGAAGCCGAAAUAAGCGGCUACUUCAGCGGACGGACCAACUCGAGGGUGAGCUGGAAACAUCUCAGAUCGGACUGCGCGACCUGCAAUUUAUGCGUGAAAAAGUUGUUGAGAUGGCUAGUCGUGAACGUCUUGAAAAAGAUUCACGCACAAAGAGUGAACAGAUCAACAAACAAUUGAGUGAGAAAGUUGCAGCUCUUUCAAGACAUGUCGAAAAGCUUAUGGUGCACCUUAAGCACGAAGCAGCAGCUAAGACCCGCGCAGUGGAAGCGCAGCGUCUUGUGGAAAAGGAGCUUGGUGAGACAAAAGACAAAAUGUUCGCUGCAACCCGAAAGUAUAUUGCACAGGAGACAAAAACAGUCCAGCUGGAACAAGGUGCUCGCAUUUUAGAGGAUCAACUCCGUUUAAUGGACGAAAAAUGCAUUGAUGUGCGCAACAAAUUGGACUGGACUCGCUCAGCUGCGCGUAAAGCAAACAAGCAACUUUUGGCUGAGAAUCGGUUGCUGCACAUGCAGUUGCAGCUGGCUAGAGAUUCCGCUACGCUUAGGGAAAUGCCCGAUCGGAUGUCUCUUGCGCCAAAUUCUCGCAAAUCGAAAAAACUGACACUAGGUGCGAGCAGAUCCGAGUCGCGUCUGCCUACAGCUAAACUUGCAAAUAUCGGGUUUCUUCCAGUUGUUGCAUCGAUGGUGCAGAAUCCUUUAGCCGUUUGCAAUGAUGUGCAGGUCAAUUGCUGCAGUCAGAGGUAG